AGGGACACACCCCGGCGCCGCCAUGUUCCCCGUCCGGCAGCGCUUAGUUUCGGUUUCGGUUUCGGUGUGAGCGGUCUGUCUCCGGUACAUCCCCCGGCUCCUCCUCUCCGUGUCCCCGCACUGCUGCCCGCCACCGCCCGGGGAGACAUGAUCCGCAGCGGCCUCCUGAUCCUGCUCACCCGCUGCGCCCUGUGCUGGGAUGUGGCUCUGCUCAUCUUACCUGCAGAUGUGUUGCGAGUGUGGAUGUGCCGCUAUUACCACUUCACGUCCCGGCUGUGAUCUGUUCGUGGGAACGCUCGCACCCAUGCCAUGCUGUGGAUCACAGCGCAAACUCAGAUAAAAUAUGCCGUCACGGGAAGUGACGUAACGCUGCAAGCCGGAUUAUCUGGAACCCCCAAGGAAAUUAGCUGGACAUUUAAUGGCAAUAAAAUUGUGGACUUACACGUGUCCUAUCCACCGGAUUUUUAUAGUAAUUGGGCUGAGAGAGUGGAAGCGGAUCUCACGUCCGGACGUCUGACUAUAAGAAACGCGUCUGCAGAGGAUUCCGGGACGUACAAUGCAGACGUCAUCGUUACUCUGAGUGUCAUCACACCCACAACGUUCUCUCUGCGUGUGCUAGAUGGUGCUGUUAAGCCCAAUAUCACUUUUUCCAGCGUCGGGAACAAUUUCACACUGCAAUGUAUCUGCCGCACUCCUGGUGUGACGUAUGAAUGGCGGAACAGCACCAACGCAGUUGUGUCUAAAGGACAGAACUACACAGUGACCAGGGACCCUGGGGCUGAGGAGGAGACAGUCACUUGUGUCGUAAGGAACCCGGCCUCUGAGAAUAACGAGACCUAUACAUUUCCCCCUAUAGCAGGCAACUCAAGAGGCCAUGUGAUUGGUUGGAUUUUUGCUGGAAUCUGUGUAGUCGGCAUUGGAAUUGGAAUAUUCCUUGUAUAUUAUUUCUCAAAAAAAAAACGUGGAGCUCCGAAUCGUGUAGAAAAUGGUGAACGAGCACAGCAGGGUGAAGGACCACGUGAGGAUGGGAAACGUGAUGAACAACCGCAGGAACGAAACCCUAUGUUGGGCGGAGAUGAUGACGGGAUGAAUCGUGAUAUUCCGGGACAGGAUGCGCAGACCAACACUAAGGACUCGACGGGUGAGAUAUAGAUUUCUGAUCUCCGACAUUCAGUUUCCCGUCUCCUGGAGGAGGAAUCUCUGGCCUUAAUAAGCGCAGUCCGGGGACGUAAUUCUCCGCCGGCACCCGGCUGUGGAGAUCCGAUGUGUCAUGAAGUUUUUAUCUGAUGCCUAAUUGGAGGCAGCAGAUGGACCCUGCUGCUUUUUCUUGCGCUCAAAGUAUUGCCCUUAUAACCAGUCACGCGCCUCUGUACGGGGCGCACGCCUAAAGCCUAAAUAUCAAACUCUGACAGGUAUUUUUUUAACCUUUUUUAUAUUCCGCAACUUUUUUUAAAUAUUUUUAUUUUUGCAUUUUAUAUGCUGUCUGGAUCAUGUGUAGGGUGUGAAGUGUAUGGUCAGUGUACUGACAUGUAUACAUCCAGCCACGGGAACGCCAAUUAUGUAACUCCUCCGGGUGGUCUUUCUCUCGCUGACUGUAUACUCCGAACCAUGAAGAAAUUAUAUACGUAUUUAAAACAUGCGAAAUGCAGCAGCCUCCAGUUCAGAACCUGCGAUCGGAGCUGAUGACAGGAUGGCAGAGCCUCAAUGGCUGGAACACGCAGUCGGUGUCCUGGAACACGUAGGCGGUGUCCUGGAACACGUAGGCGGUGUCCUGGAACACGUAGGCGGUGUCCUGGAACUCGCAGCCGGUGUCCUGGAACUCGCAGCCGGUGUCCUGGAACUCGCAGCCGGUGUCCUGGAACUCGCAGCCGGUGUCCUGGAACUCGCAGCCGGUGUCCUGGAACUCGCAGCCGGUGUCCUGGAACUCGCAGCCGGUGUCCUGGAACACGCAGCCUCUGUGACUAUGUGGAGAGUGUCAGCUCCUGGAAUCACUGCUAUUUCUGUGUCUGAUAUUGCACAGUGUCUAUUACAGAGUAUUAGGGUCACUCCGAGCUGCUCCUGGAAUGUGCGAUGUCCUGGGAGGGAGAACGUUCCUCAGUCCGGAUCUGGACAAGAAGCUAAAUGUGAAAUAUAGUUGUGUAUUGGAAUGUAGAGAUAUUUAUUUUCUGCAGAUGUAUGGACACUGUGACCAGUAUUCUAUUAGAAGAGGAAAUAGUUCCUGAGUGCGAGCAGAUCACUGGCCAGAGACUCCGCGGCUCGUUCUGCGUCACACGCAGAUCCGGACGCGGAUGCUUUUCUGAAUGCCAGUGUGACUAUGUACACACCAUACUGUGUACAUAUCACAUUCCACUUCCUCAGUAUGCGAUAGCAGCCGUCGUCAUCAGCGCUGUUAAAGUAAUGUACUUUGUCGCAAAUAAGGUAAUCCAAUCCGAUCGUGUGGUUCCCACGCACAAAGAGCGAUUUAUCCCAUAAUAUAAAGCAUAAGUACCGCCAAUACAAUCCGCAGGCACGCUGACAGCGCUGUCCCAGGCUUAUAUACAGAGCGCUCUGCCUUCAGGGACACAGGUCACAGUUUUAUACAUGAACAAGACUGUGACAUCACAACUGUGAACAGGUCAUCAUUCAUAGGGUGAAAGGUCAGGACAUCCCAAGUACUCUGCGUCCCAUAGGUCACUUCUUCUGGUCUUGUUCCCCUGAAGAGAGUCUUUGUCCCACCACAUGUAUACCCUCAGCGUCCCGCAGAUAUGAACCUGUGUCGUCUAGCUAGGAAAUGCUACUAAUCUACAGUUUAUACAUCAGAACUUCAUAUCCGUCAUGUUUCAUAGCCACCUGUUCACCUCCACACACCCUCCGGAUACAUCCUGCUGAGAUACGGAACAGAACAAUCUACAUAGUACAUAGGGCCUCAUUCAGUGAGGAUUGCAGUUCCUGCUAAAAAAACGGUUCUGCAAUCAAAUAGUUGUCGGCCAGAAACAGAGAGAGAAUGGCCAUCAUAAAAACUGCGAAUGCAUCGCAACAUGCGGGCUGAUCGCAAAAUCAUACGCAAUUACUGGAACAUUGAAGGUUUUUCCUAUCUGCGCCAGGCAAGGUCGUCCUCAAUUUUUGCUAAACAAGAGGCUGAAAGUGGUCAUCGCUGACGUCAUAGGCCCUCCUGAAAUGCUUGGACACGCCUGCGUUUUUUCAGACACACCCAGAAAACAGCGGGUUUUCGCCCAGAAACACCGGCUUCCUGUCACUCAAACUGAUUCAUUAAGGUUUGCAAAUGCAAAGCUGCUCGCAGUCUUUAGCAAUAGGAAUGCAGAAGGAGGAACAUUCCACCUCCUGCCUGCAUGCCACCUCCUGCCUCCAUACCACCUCCUUCCUGCAUUUGCUAUGUGAUCGCAUCUCAGAUGGUCGCAAUGUUCACCUGCAGUGGCAGGCUGAGCUAGCUUCAGCUUACUCAGCCCUGCCAUCGCUGUGCGGCUUGCGGGGCCAAGGUAACUGCAUCUCACAACGCAGACCUUGGCCUUGCCACUCCCGGACAGAGGGGGCUCACGCCCCUCUUUUCCCCAACGCCGGCCGCCCCCGUCCCUCCCCGCGAACACCUUUACCGCUCAAUCAGCCAGAGUUUGCUUUUUGAAAAAGAGAUCGCAGGACGUGUUCUGCACAUGCGCAGUACCAGAACAUCGGCAAAAUGCAGUAAGGAUUACUUUUGCAAAUCAUUAUUGAAUUAGGCCCCGAGUACACAAAUCCCUUUCCAGAUAGUACACAGUGUGUGUACUAAAUCCUAAAAUAGUCUUUAUUACUUUUAGUUGCUAAUCCCUUUUAAAUGCACCAAUGUUAUAAUACUGUAUUUACAAGCCACAAUUCAUUAAUUAAGUCACCAUUAUUAAUCUUAAUAUAACUGGUGACCUGUAUUAAAUAUGCAAAUAAUCUGCAAUCGCAUGCGACCAAACCGCAGACAGUCAUGCUGAGCGACUUGUGAGCUGUGUAAAGCAAUGCCUUUAUCCAGUGUAAUCACUUUUUGUACACACACAGGCGCUCGAAAAAGGUCAAUAAAAUGAACACCUCCACGUGCGUCUGUGUUUGCACAAUUUCCGGGCGCACAAAUAAAUUAUAUCUACAAUUAUCCUAAUUAAUCAAUCCCAAUACACUGUACUGAUCACCAACCAUUAGAACAAGCUGCUCCCACUUAAUAGUCUGAAGUAAACUAUAAUUGUGGAACAAUUCAAUUUCUAUAGAGAGCGCAUAUAUUCCAAUAAUAUUUAUUAUAUAGAAGUUAUU